UUUUUUUACAAUUUUAAACAUAAAUACUUAAAAUUUUAGAACUUAAUUUAGUUUAAAAGGGAAUAAUAUUUAUGUUAAAAAUUUGUGCGUUUUUUUACUUUAGGUUUAAGCCGUACAUUGUAGUAGUAUUAGUUUUAUGCUGACAUCGACGCGCAGCGAAAUACUUAAAACACGUGUAAUACAGUAAAUGAGUAGUAGUUGCAUUUCGUUGGUUCGAUUGGGCAUCAUUUCCGGCCCCUUUCGCCGCGGGUCGAUCAUUUUAUAUAAUUUUAUCAUUUAUCAUUAUUUUGUGUAACUAAGUGUAAGUUAACAGACAAUAUAAGACUUUAUCAUUAUCAGUUUAUCAUUUCUAAAUGUACCUUUACCCGUACAUUUAUGGUCCUUCGAGCAUUAAGGACAUCUCGCGAGUGGACAUUACAGUGUAGCAAUCAAAUACUGUAAAGUGUUUCAUGACUGAGGUGUUGUGAAUCAGCAGUGAAGGUGUUUGUACUGCAGUACAUAGCAGCAGCAUUCAGCGGGGAUCAACAACGAUCCUCAUUUGGUGAGCAACAAGGCUCCCACUUGGACAAUCAAGUAAGAUCGUUCCACUUAUCAUUUUAUCAAUUCCUAUCAUGUCGUCAAUGGAAGACCUACUCGCCCUCCAACAGCAACUACUCAAUCAAAUAGAGCAAACUUACACUAACUUCAAGAAAGAUGGCUCCGAUCGCAAAAACUUGGACUAUAUCCGCCGAAGGUUGGAAACUUUGGAUGCAUGCUGGAAAGAGUAUGAAUCAAAUCAUAUGAAAUUGUGCAACAUCGAAUAUGCAAAAUCGCAUAGUUAUUUCACUUCUAAACAGUUCGAAUGUGCCAAAGAGAGAUAUGAGAACAUUAGACUAUUCAUUCAGAAUUAUAGAUCUACAGAUGAGAGACCAUCAACUCCGCUGUUAAAGCCUGCUACUCCGUUGGCUGGCCCAAGCGCUGUACAACAGCCCACAGGUCAACUAUCAAGAUCUCAAGGAUCAAGCAGCAAGACAGAUGAUAUGAUGAGGAAACAAAUAAGCAACUUUAAGGCCUUUGAACAUACAGUAUCAAGUAUCAACCUGGAAUCAGUAGAGGAAAAAUGGGAAUUUGAUCAUUUAUUAAACACGAUAAGAGGUCGUUGGUCGAAGAUUGACACGCAACAUUGGGAGUUAGACAGUGAACUGGGAGACCGUAAUCAAGAAUAUCACUCCAUGUAUCUCAAAUAUGAAGGUACAUACAACGAUGCUAUCAAGGCUAUCAAUAAAAAGAUGUGGUCUAUUUCACACAGGGAGCAUACUACGCCAAAGAUAGAAAUACCUACUUUCAGCGGCAGCUAUCAUCAAUGGACAUCUUUUAAGGACCUCUUCUCAGAAGCAAUUCAUAGCAACCCGUCUUUAUCUGGAGCACAGAAGAUGCAAUUCUUAAAGUCUAAAGUAAAAGGCGAAGCAGAACGAUUAAUACAACAUCUUCCAAUUAGUUCCGAUAAUUACAUCAUUAGCUGGGAUAUUUUGAGCCAUCGCUAUGAUAACAAGCGUAUGAUAUUCACAUCUCACAUUAACAUUUUAUUAAAUCUGCCAGUUUCUCAACAAGCAUCAAUCAAUCAUAUCAAGAGGAUUCAUGACACAGCACUUGAAACUAUGAAUGCCAUACAGAAUCUUGGAGUAGACGUGAAGUCGUGGGACCCGUUGAUCGUGCACAUCUUGGGUCAGAAGUUGGAUUCGGAUACAUUUAGUGAAUACAACGCAGCAAUUAAACAACCUCGAGAACUACUCGAUUUGUAUGAAUUUCUAGCCUUUUUGGAGGGGAAGUUCACAAGCAUGGAAGCAAGCAGAAGAAAACUAGAAGAUAGGAGAGAUCAGAAACAUUUUUCUCCAAACAACACUAAUAAAUCAUCAGAAUCAAAACCAUACCAUUUUAAGCAAUCAUAUUCUAGCAACAAGGCUAUUUCGCAAUCUCCAAAAGACAGGAAGUUGCAAUCAUAUCGACAAAACUGUCCAGUCUGCAAUGACGCACAUGCAUUAUUUUAUUGCAAACAAUUUGCAGAAAUGACACCAAUAAAGAAAAAACAAUGUGUUAUUAACUUGAAUUAUUGUAAAAAUUGCUUACACGAUCAUAAAGGUAAAGCAUGUUUAUCAAAAAAGCGUUGUGUCGAAUGCAAUGAAUUUCACAACACAUUAUUGCAUGAAUCAUAUUCUAAUGACUUAUCAAAACAAGGAGGUAAUCCAAUGCCUUCGACAUCCGCCCAAAAAAGCAACGUGAGUUCUAACCAAGAACGUGUUGCUAACAAAGGCAAUACGCACGUGACACAACAAAGCAUGAUGCAAGAAACCUUGCUCUCUACUGCGCUACUGAAAGUUCAGAAAGCUGACGGGACACUUCUAAACAUGAGAGCUCUUAUUGACCAGGGCUCACAAAUGUCUCUCAUCACCGAAAACGGUGCCCAACAAUUAGGAUUACCGCGUCGUAGGUGUGACGGCAUAAUCACGGGUAUAGGACAAACAGAGAACAAUUGCAAAGGCAUGAUCAGCGUAAACUGCAUGUCAAGAAUCAACACGUAUCAUUUCAACAUCGAUGUUUAUAUCAUGAAGAAUCUUACGAAGUAUUUACCAUCAUAUUCAUUUCCUAAAUUAGAAUGCCCUUUCCUGGAGAAUUUAGAAUUAGCAGAUCCUGAGUACAAUAUCAGUCGUCCCAUAGAUAUGUUACUGGGCGCAGACGUUUAUUCCAAUAUUCUUUUAGCAGGUAUGUGCAGACUAAGCGAAUCACUGCCAAUAGUACAAGAGACUCAUCUUGGUUGGAUAUUAUGCGGAAAUCUGAAAACUAACUUUGUCUGCAACGUCGUACAAGUGGACUUAGACAGAAUUCAGCAAUUUUGGGAAAUAGAGGAGGUCACCGAACAGAAAUCAUUAUCAUCAGAAGACGAAGAGUGCAUGCAAUACUACAAAGCAACAACAAAGCGUUUGAGCGACGGAAGAUAUGAAGUAAGACUUCCACUUAAGCCGCACUUUGAAGAAAAUUUGGGGCAGUCUAAAAACAAGGCCAUCGCGCAAUUCAUUAACUUAGAAAAGAAAUUACACAAAAAUAAUUAUAUUUUUAACGCAUACAAAUCAUUCAUUACGGAAUAUUUAGAAUUAGGUCACAUGAAACCUUCAACUUGCAAUCAGACACCGGAGUGUUUCCUACCGCAUCAUUGCGUCAUGCGCGACGAUAGUUCUACUACAGCAUUACGAGUUGUUUACAAUGCGUCGGCAAAAACAUCAUCAAAUAAAAGUUUAAAUGACCUUAUGUACACGGGACCGAAUUUACAGCAAGACCUUCAGUCUCUUAUCAUUAAGUGGAGACAAUAUCAGUACGCCUUUACUGCGGACAUAGAAAAGAUGUUCAGAAUGAUCUGGGCACAUCCUGAUGACCAAGCUUUACAAAAAAUCAUAUGGCGAGAAAACCCGUCUCAAAAACUUCGAGAAUAUCAACUAACAACCGUAACAUAUGGCACAAAGGCAGCACCCUUUCUUGCCAUGAUGACCUUGAGGCAGCUAGCAGCAGAUGAACGAGAUAAAUUUCCAGAAGCAGCCAAGGUCAUCGAAGAAUCGUUCUAUAUGGAUGACGCGGUCCAUGGCGCCAGCUCAUUAUCGACCGCACAAAAAUUGCAACAAGACUUAAUAGAUCUACUAAAGCUAGGAGGCUUUAACUUAAGAAAAUGGGCGUCUAAUGAUGUACGUCUAUUACAAUCGCGAGAUUCAGAUUACCAUAACCAAGAAAGCAAGAACUUUCAACAAACAGAGUCAACAAAAACACUAGGUCUUCGCUGGAACCCGACACAAGAUAACUUUUCAUUUGUAUCAAAAAUUGAAUCAUCUAACACCAACAUCACUAAAAGGAAAAUAUUAUCAGACAUGUCAAAAAUAUUCGAUCCACUAGGAUGGAUUGUGCCUGUAACAACAAAAAUGAAGAUUUUAUUCCAAGAGGUGUGGCUAACUAAUUUAGACUGGGAUGAGCAAGUUUCAGAAAAAAUGAGCAAGGAAUGGAUCAAGAUCAAAGAAGAGUUGGAAAGUAUCAAUCAAUUUAGAAUACCAAGAUGGUAUGGUACAGUAACAGCAUGUGGCGUCGAGUUGCACGGCUUUUGUGACGCUUCAACAAAAGCAUACGCGUGCGUUAUUUAUUGCAGACUGAAACAUAACAAACAAUCUAUCGUAAUAGUGGCGGCUAAAUCAAAAUUAGUACCCUUGAAAAAGCACAUAUCUCUCCCACGAUUAGAGUUAUGUGGGGCACUAUUACUCGCCAAACUUAUGACCAAGGUCAAAAAAUGUUUAGAAGGGCAAGAACUUCACGUGUUCGGCUGGAGUGAUUCCACUGCAGUGUUAGGAUGGCUUCAAGGGAAUCCAAGUCGUUGGAAAACGUUCGUAUCAAAUAGAACGACACAAAUAACCGAUAUCAUUCCACCACCAUCGUGGCGAUAUGUAAAAUCAAGUGAAAAUCCUGCUGACUGCGCAAGCAGGGGGCUUACAGCAUCUCAAUUACAAGAUUAUCAUUUGUGGUGGCAAGGACCUACAUGGCUAAAAUCAUUUGAAGAGAAAAUGGAAAAUCAAGCAAUCUAUAAAACAGAAGAAGAAAUAAAGGAGAAAAAAGAAGUUAAUGUUGCUACAAAACAGGAACCAAGCAUUAUUACAAGUUUGUUGAAUAAGCAUAAUUCUAUUCGCAAGAUCUUUCGUAUUUUAGCAUUAGUGAUGAAGUUCACUACCUAUAAAAGAGAAGCAAAAAAGCAUUAUUUAUCAUUAUCAGACAUCAGCAAAGCAAAAAAUAAAAUUAUCAAACAUGUACAGCAGGAAGAGUUUGCGAGAGAAAUCAGUGAUCUGAAGCAAGAAGGCAAGUUAAGUUCAAAAAGUAAAUUGUUAAAACUAAACCCUUACCUGGAUGAGUACGACAUUCUCAGGGUAGGGGGUAGACUAAAAAAGGCACAUAUCAGCCAAGAGAUGCAGCAUCCCAUUAUUUUGCCGCACAGUGGACGUCUCACAGAAUUAAUUAUAGAAGAUGCGCAUCUAACAAUGUUACACGCCGGUUCUCGGCUGACGUUGAGCUUUAUCAGACAGAAGUACUGGAUUCUAGGCGGGAACGUUGCUACUAAAAAGUUGCUACGUCGUUGUGUAACCUGUAAGAAACAAAAUCCAGACUGCCAACCGCAAAUCAUGGGGCACUUGCCGGAGGCCCGAACUAAUCCAUCGCGUCCAUUUACGCAUACAGGCGUAGACUUCACCGGUCACAUUUAUGUCAAAGCAAGUAAAGGAAGAGGCAUAAAAAGCACAAAAGGAUAUGUAGCCGUCUUCGUGUGCAUGGUCACGAAAGCUGUUCAUUUGGAAUUAGUUUGUGAUUUAAGCACAUCAUCAUUUAUUGCAGCAUUGAGAAGAAUGGCGGCUCGCAGAGGGACGCCGAGUCACAUGUAUAGUGAUAACGGUCGCAACUUUGUAGGUGCCAACAAAGUAAUACAACAAGAAUAUCAAUCAUUGAUCAAUAUCAUGGAACACAAGGAAUUGAAAGCUGAAUUGUUAGAUAUGGAGAUCGAGUGGAGCUUUAAUGCACCAUCAUGGCCUUCCGCAGGAGGCUUAUGGGAGUCAGCAGUCCGAAGUUUCAAAUAUCAUUUUAAGAGGGUGAUUGGAGAUCAGAUUCUUACAUAUGAAGAAUUAUACACGGUGUUGACACAAAUAGAGGCGUGUCUUAAUACGAGACCAUUGUGUCCUAUAUCAGAAGAUCCUGACGACAUGGAUUUUUUAACACCUGCUCAUUUCUUAACAGGCGGAUCAAAAGUUACUUUGAAUGAAACUGAGACAGAUUUAAGAACUCGUUGGCAGUUGACACAGAAAAUCGUUCAAGAUCUCUGGAAGAGAUGGAAAAAUGAGUACCUAGUGCAGUUAACAGAAAGAAGUAAGUGGAGACAAGCUAGACGAAAUCUCCACAACAAUGAUAUUGUCAUGAUCCAUGAUGACAAUCUCCCACCGGGAAAAUGGCUAAUGGGAAGAGUCAUUGAACUACAUCCCGGCUCUGACGGUCAUGUCCGCGUAGUUACAGUAAAAACCAAGAACGGCACAUUGAAACGUCCCGUCACAAAAUUAUCAUUACUUCCUAUCAACAAUGAAUCGUCACCGCAAGUCAAUCCAAAAAAUACUGCGGAUUCGGAAAAUUCUACUGCAAAUUCUCGAACAAUGAAAACAAAUACCCGUUACAACAUAGCAUCGGUAUUUGUUGCGAUUAUGUUAUUUUUCAGUAUUAUUACAACUUCUCAAUGUGCACUGAACGUCACAAAGUUUAGAGAUAAUCAACAUAUUUACUUUGACAAAAUAUCAAACAUGCAAAUCAUCAGAGACGAGUGGAAAUUAAUCAUAUACUACGACUUAGAUCCCUAUUGGGAAGGUAUUACCACUCUUAACAAAAGUAUACAGUCACUGGAACAAUCAUGCAAGCCUAUAAGAGACCAAACAAACUGUGACCUAAUAAUACUACAAUUACGCCACGGGUACCUUGAACUUGAUUACAAUAAUCAUAUGUUACUCAGUCAGCAUUUUAGCCAUCAAGCGAACAGGUGGAGGCGCGGUCUUAUCGACGGUGUCGGUUACAUAGCAAACAGCCUGUUCGGAGUAUUAGACGCUCGAUUCGCGGAACAGUACGCGAAAGAUAUCACUCUUCUACGUAAUAAUCAAAAGCAUAUCGUCUCAUUUUGGAAAAAUCAAACUUCUGUCAUAGAAGCUGAAUUUAGUCUUUUAAAGAGGACAGAAACUACUAUGCAUAAACAACAUAAAAUUAUACAUCAGCAGUUUUCCAAGAUCGAAAAUGCUGUAGAAACCUUGAAGACUGAAACGCAAAACAUUUCAAGAGCUAUUGAAGUUACUAUGGGUGCUGUAGUUGCGAACAAUUUAUUACGGCAUUUGAAAGAUUUACAAGAUGCCUUAGUAGACACAAUGACAGACAUUUAUCAUGGCCGAUUUAAUCCACAUUUAAUAACAGCUGAGCAAUUGCAAGAUCAGCUUAGCACUAUAGCGAGUCAUUUGUCGAAUGACGUCACCUUACCUAUAGACAACAUAUAUACCGGCCUAACAGAACUCUUUAAACUUCUGCAAGUGAAAGCAAGAAUGUUAAAAAAUUACGCAAUCUUUGAAGUUCAAAUACCUUUAGUAAGCAGGGACUCUUACGAAAUAUUCAAGCUUAUACCCAUUCCUUCGGAGAGAUCCAACAACACUAUGAUAUUAGUAAAACCCAUUUCGGAUUUCAUAGCUGUGAACUUAAAGAAAGACGCUUACAUCAUUCUCACAGAAACCAUAAUAGAUUCGUGUCUUCUUACAAAUGUACACCUGUGUUCUAUACAUUCUCCUGUCUACAAACUGAGUAAAGACAAAGACUUCUGUCAAGCAAAAACUUCGAUGUGUGAAGUCAGCAUCGAUUCCUGCAAAAAUCUGUGGUUGGAGAGCAGUACAAUCAACAAUUAUAUCUAUUUUUGCUGCGAAGAAUGUAAACUACGAACAGUGUGUGGAGAUCAAGUAAACGCACAUCAAUUGACGCACUCCGGACUUAUUACUGUAGACUUUGGCUGCAUAAUCAAAUCUGAUAAUUUUGAAGUGAUUGCACAUCAACAAAGAACAAGCGGUGUGAGUAUCAGCGCAAAAGUAUUUUCACCAGUCAUUGCAUCCAUAAACCACGUUAUAAACGUAACUAUUCCUCAUGAUGUAUUAAACGAAUCAAGUAAGGAAAGCGAUCAGGAGCUGAAAACUAUUGAGGAUAAAAUCAAAAUGAUGAAAGAAAAUGGAGUCAUCGAAGAAAGCAUGUCAUACCAUGACAUUCAUCAUUACACUGUGAUCUACGGUGUGAUCAGUGUGGUAGCAGCAGGUCUCGGAGUGUACGCAUGCAGGCGCGCGCGCUACGCCCGCGCACCGGCGCCGGCGGCGAUGGCGCCUGCGCCAGGCGGCGCAACCAGCAGCAAUGUGCCAGCCUCGCAGCAUGUUGCGAGUGUUGGUGAUAGUGUAGUGUAUCAGUGUGUUAGUGAAAGGGCGAAAGUGGCGAGUGCGCGAGUGUUAGAUAAAGCCACCUCCCCUAUUUUAAGUUCCUAUACGAGCAUUUCAAAUCUAUGAAUAUCGUGUGUGUGUCUAAGAUCUGUGUAUAGAGACACUAAGUAAUUAGGCUAUCAUUUUAUCAAUCAUAUUUGCUCUCUACGUUGUAUGUUAACCUUCGUCUUCCUAGGGGAGCAUGUACGAGCAAAGCCGUACAUUGUAGUAGUAUUAGUUUUAUGCUGACAUCGACGCGCAGCGAAAUACUUAAAACACGUGUAAUACAGUAAAUGAGUAGUAGUUGCAUUUCGUUGGUUCGAUUGGGCAUCAUUUCCGGCCCCUUUCGCCGCGGGUCGAUCAUUUUAUAUAAUUUUAUCAUUUAUCAUUAUUUUGUGUAACUAAGUGUAAGUUAACAGACAAUAUAAGACUUUAUCAUUAUCAGUUUAUCAUUUCUAAAUGUACCUUUACCC